AUGACGCACCCACCGCACAUCACCCAGAGCAGCAUCCACUUCAAGUGGUCGCGCAAUCUGGCGCCCGCUCUUACCGUGUCCUCGGGCGACGAGGUGACGUUUGACCUGCGCGAUGGCGGCAAUAAUCAGAUUACGCCCGAAAACCAGGCCACCAUCCUCGGCAACCUCGACUUUGGCACCAUGGACCCCGGCUUCGGCCCCGUGGCCGUCGAGGGCGCCGAGCCCGGCGACGUGCUCCGCGUCGACAUUCUCGAGCUCCAGCCCGGCGCGUACGGCUGGACCGCCAUCAUUCCCGGCUUUGGCCUGCUGAGCGACGAGUUCCCCGAGGCGUCGCUCAAGAUUUGGGACCUCGGCCGCGCCGCCGAGCAAGGGUACGCCGAGUUCAAGAGGGGCAUCCGCAUCCCCUUUAGGCCCUUUCUCGGCGUCAUGGGCCUGGCGCCGCCCACCGACGAGCCGCUGUCCACGAUCCCGCCCUACGACUGGGGCGGCAACAUGGACUGCAAGCACCUGACCGAGGGCGCCACCCUGUACCUGCCCGUGCAGACCGCCGGAGCGCUCUUUAGCUGCGGCGACGGCCACGCCGCGCAGGGCGACGGCGAGGUCUGCGGCACGGCGAUUGAAACGCCGAUGCGCGCGCGUCUGCGCUUCACCCUCGAAAAGGACAGGCCGUGGGUGCGGUCGCCGCACUUUGUCACGCGGCGGGGGGUGCAGCCGUACGCGGACCGCGGGCAAGAGUACGCCGUCAUGGGUAUAGAUCCCGACUUGCGCGAGGCGGCCCGCAAGGCGGUGCGCGCGGCGAUUGAGUGGCUCGGCGCGGAAAAGGGCCUGGAGAGGGCCGAGGCGUACAUGCUGUGCUCGGUGGCGGGCGACUUGAAGAUUGCGCAGGCGGUCGACAUGCCGCACUAUGGCGUCGUCUGUACGAUUCCGCUCGGCAUCUUUGUGGGAUGA